GGCGGACCAGACCUUUAAAUAAUUGCUCCCUGAAGAUCUUCAAGACCGAUCAGCAGAAAGAUUAUUCUCCCUCCUCUUCAUAUCUCGUUGGUGCGAAAGAUAGCAGAAUGGAGCACGACACCAAGACCCCCCAAUACAAAACGAGCGAUCCUACCUCGUUCGCCAGUGAAUCCGUCAAGAGGCGAUGGCCUGUCAUUCUGACCCAAGGAAUUGACGAUGUCUACCGCGCCGUUACCAAGACCAGUGAUCCCGAGAAACUAGCGGAGGGCAAGAAGAUUAUCGAGCAACUCGCCAAUCUCAAGUACGAGGUUGAGCAUGACCGAAAGCUCAGUCCCCUCCCCGACGAUGGAUUCACGGAAGAGAUCGAGACAUAUAACAAGGAGCUUGAGGCUCUUGGCCCCGAUGCUCACUGGUACGAUGUACCAUGGCUGUUCUCCGAAUGCUACCUAUACAGACGCAUCGCGGCCAUGUUCCGCAUGACCGAACACUGGAAAUCCUACGAUCUUUUCGCCCGACAGAAGAUGGACACAUUCCGAUCAUCAAGGCCCGCCGUUCUCGAGCUCGCUAGCAACUAUAGACAAUUAGUUGAGCAGCUCCGCGCUGAUAAGGACUCAACACAUGAUCCUAAAGCUGAGAAGACUCUGUUCCAGGAGAUGUUUGAGAUUUGCCUUUGGGGAAAUGCCACAGACUUGUCACUCCUUACAAACUUGACAUAUGAGGAUAUACAGAAACUCCAGGGUUCUGAGGCUCGUAAGGCGGCUGAGAAGAACAUCUUGGUGAAUGAUCUUCCUAAGGCGUUUGACAUUCUCAAGAAAGCGCAAGCUGAGGGCAAGAAGGAGCGUCGCGUUGAUAUCGUCCUCGACAAUGCUGGCUUCGAGUUGUAUGUCGAUAUGAUUCUGGCUGGGUAUCUUCUCUCGGCUGGUCUCGCCACACAAGUCGUCCUACGACCCAAGUCCAUCCCUUGGUUCGUCUCCGACGUUGUGCCCAGCGAUUUCAGUGGCUUGUUGAACGCUGUUGCCAACCCUCGUGCUCUAUACGACACACCAUCAGAGGAUGAGGAACUCCAAGGCAAGAAGCCUGAGCCUCUAUCUGAGGAAGGCGAGAAGGACCUUAAGUUCCUAUUCCAGGAGUGGGCUACGUUCCAUGCUGAGGGACAGCUUAUGCUCCGCCCUAACCGAUACUGGACUUAUGGCGGUAGCUUCUGGCGAUUACCCGCUGAGAACCCUGAGUUGCAUGAGGAGCUCAAGGAAGCCGAGCUUGUCAUUUUCAAAGGCGACCUGAACUACCGCAAGCUCGUCGCUGAUGUAAGUAACCUCCAUCUUGUUUGAAACCAAUGCUGACUUGUGACAGGCUGCUUGGCCCGCUACCACACCUUUCAUCGAGGCUCUCGGCCCCAUGGGUCCCUCUUCAGGUGUCAACGUCUUGUCCUUGCGAACUUGCAAGGCCGAUGUUGUCGUUGGUCUUCCGGAGGGUAAGGAUGAGGAGUUGAAGCAACUGGAGGGCGGCGGUGGCGAUUCUGGUGCUCGAAAGUGGGCGUGGAACGGAAAAUGGGCUGUUGUGAACCUGUCUCAGGGUCAUUAGAAGGGGUGAGCGACGGUUCAUUUUGUUGAUAUGAUUAUAGAUGUUUAGACGUAUAAAACACUUGAUAGAAAACAUAUACCGAUUCUCUUGGACAAUAUCCCUUCACUGCUUUCAAGUUGGGGUAGCAACAGACACGAAGGGUUCUGUUUCUUCUGCUUCUGCUUUGUUCAAGUUUUACUGUGUUCAAUCUACACGCACGU